CGUCAUACUUUGUGUGUGUGCCCCUCAUUGGAACCCCACUUUGCCAGCAUUAAACCAGCGCGCUUUGCUCCUCUACGUUUUUCAUUGUAACUGUCGUAUUUAAGAGAAAGAGAUACAAGGCUUUUUGGAACAUUUGUUAUCUUUUGUUUUCAAAGUACUGGGGGCUUAUACAUUUCUCUCUCCUUUUCGCAACCGCAAAUAUGUCGCAGCAAUCUGAUAUCACGCUUUAUACGACGCAGACGCCUAAUGGCAUCAAGAUCUCCAUUACCUUGGAGGAGCUGGGCCUCCCCUACAAGGUCCACAAGAUCGAAAUAUCCAAGAACACCCAAAAGGAAGACUGGUUCCUCGCCAUCAACCCCAACGGCCGCAUCCCCGCUCUAACCGACACCUUCACCGACGGCAAACCCAUCCACCUCUUCGAAUCAGGCAGCAUCAUGCAAUACCUCGUCGAGCGGUACGACACGGAGCACAAGAUUAGUUUCCCAAAGGGAACCCGCGAGUGGUUCGAAAUGAACAACUGGUUGUUUUUCCAAAACGCCGGUGUAGGUCCUAUGCAAGGCCAGGCCAAUCAUUUCACACGUUAUGCCCCCGAGCAUAUCGAGUAUGGUGUGAAUAGGUACCAAACUGAGACACGCCGCCUCUACUCUGUUCUCGACAAGCAUCUCGCUUCGGACAACAGGCCAUACCUGUGCGGCACAAAGUGCACCAUUGCCGAUAUUGCUCACUAUGGAUGGGGAGCGGCUGCCGGCUGGGCAGGCGUCGACCUGGACAAGUUCCCUGCAGUUCAGGCCUGGCUGGACCGAAUGGAAGCACGUGAGGGGGUGGAGAAAGGCCGCCACGUCCCCGAUCCUCACACCAUGAGGGAGUUGCUCAAGGACAAGGCCAAGAUGGAGGAGCAGGCUGCUAAGAGUCGGGCGUGGGUCCAGGCCGGCAUGAAGGAUGACGCCGAGAGGCAAAAGUAGGGUAGGUCGCGCGUAGACUUAGCCUGCAGCUGAUAACAGUUGCUCUCAGAGCAAGCAUUCUCAAUUGUAUGUAUACAAGAUGUGGAGAUGCUGUUCUUAGUAGCGUCAAGUUUCCGGCUAGGUGGGGCCGACAUGCUAAUACCCCGGAUAUGGGGAUUUCUACU